AUGACCUCUGGGUUAGUAGCCCCAGAAAUCCUGCCUGGUUACGAGGCUAGCAUGACUUUCCUAGAUUCCGACCCUCAACUAGGUGCAAGCGAGCAUGCAUCUCUGCGUGGCAUACGGCGCCCCUGGAUGGAUUAUUGGCCGCCCUCUCCUGGUGAUACCUUGCACGACUGGCUCAAGGCUGAAUGUCCUGCAGUCCUGAGCUGGCGAUGGAAUCCAGAUAAACCUUUCGACCGACCUUGGCAGAAGUGGUCACAGGAAGCCCGCAAAUCGGGCAAAUCACGACCUUCCAUAGUGAUGCCAGCACAUACAGCCACUGCGGCUCCGUCUGAGGUGAACGAACUCGGCCUCAUUCCAGAUGAGAUAGGUGACCGGAAAGUCGCAAAGGAUGUCUCAGCACUGGAUCAGCAGAUCCAGGAGUGGGCACUGAGCACCGUAAAGCCAAAGGCUUUCAACUACUUGGCUCUGGAUCGUCUUCACCAGACUGAAAAGCCUUAUCAUAGCCGACUUCCCUUCCUGGAAGGUCUUCCGCGUACAAACAUCGUUGGCCAGUCAUUUGACACUGUUCGAAUUCACGACAUUACAGGGGUCGAGGAGCAUUUUGUUCUUGCAGUGUCUGGCUUUGAAUUUUGUCAAAUUCCCCCAGCGAUACAUACGUGGAAUGAGCAGACGGUCCGUGACCAGUAUCUGCCAUCGAUGGGGGCGUGGUUGAGGGAAAAGUUCAACAGCAAGAAGUUCCGAAGCCUUGAUCCAGAAAGGAAGCCCUCUGAAGCUUGGAUUCCACCUUUUACCCGUGCUCACUGUGAUGUCACACCCAAAUCAGGCAAAAGCAGACUAAAACUUCAUUUGCCCGGAGAAGCAGAUGAGUUUCUGAAGGGACGUAUGUGGCGCGCGCUGUCAGGUCCGUAUCAGGACAAUACUCUUGCAGUCUGCGACUCGCGUACUGUCGCGAUCAAAGAUCUAGUUCCCGCUGACAUACUGUUUCCUCAUUACUGUGACGAGGGCUACGAGGUCACUCAUAACGUCAAUCACCGAUGGUUCUACAAGAGGAACAUGGGGAUCGAUGAUGUAAUAGUUUUCAAACAUUACGAUAGCAUUGAUACAGAGGCUUCUUUCUGUCCGCACGCUGCCUUUGUCGACCACACCGUUCCGCCCAAUACCCCUCCUCGUGCCAGUAUUGAGUUGAGAGCUAUUGUCAUUGACUAG